AUGAUGAACGCGCAGCAGCAGCAACCUGCGGCCGCCACGCCGCCCCAGGCACUCGGCGAGGGCGUCCGCCAGCUGCAGCAGCUCCAGCAGAUGCAGCUCCAGCAGUUCGAGGCCAACGGCGCGGGCCUCCUGGCUGGCGGAGCCCAACCUGGCGCGGUCGCGGCGCUCGGCGGGCUCGCCGGCGGCGCCGCGGCCUUCGGGGCGAUGCCGCUGAACAGCCAAAUGAGCGUGGUUGAAAUCGCCAUGCAGAAUCACCUCAGCAACCUGCAGGCAGUUCAGUCGGCGGCGCUUCAGGCGAAGCUGCUCGCGGAGAAGAAGAAGACCGAACUCGGCCUGGGCGUCUCCAUCGGGCCUGGCGCUGGCGGGCUCCUCCCCGCAGCCACCUCGCUCGUCACCGGCUGCCUGCACAAGGAGACAGAGCUGCAGCAGCUGAGUCGCACGGUCUUCGUCGAGAGCUUCCCAGAAGAGUAUGAAAAGGAGGAGCUGCGCCUCUUGCUACAGGACUUCGGGAAGAUCGUUGGUCUUCGCGUAGGACAGCAUGUAGAGAGGAAAACGAAAUAUGCCAUCGUCGAGUUCGAGACGCCUGAAGAGGCUCAGUUCGUCCGCGACAUGAACGGGAAACCAAUCGGCGCCCUCACCCUGACGAUCAAAGAGUCUCAGUCGCUGGUGAACUUUCGCGACCCCGACGGGGUUCUGUUUGACGUCCCUCCGCCGCCGAUUCUCGCGGUGCUGAAGCAGCAGCAAACCCAAGAGGGCCAGCACGAGUCGCUUCAGGACAAGCUGAAGGAGGUGAAGUACUCGAAAAUGGAAAUCGAAGACAAACUCAAGGAGCUGAACGGCCAGAAACCGCGCGCGGUGCGCGACGGUAGCCGAAGCAGAGGUCGUUCUGACCGCCGCCGACGCCGCGACCGGAGCCGAAGCAGCAGCCGAAGCCCGGAGGGUCCGAGCGGCGGGCGGCGGAGUCUCUCGCCGCGGGGAGGCUCACGCGCCGCCGGUCAGGGCCGAAAGCGGAGAAAGGAGGGCGGCCGGGAGUCGUCGCGGAGUUUCUCGCCUGCGCGCGGUCGCGGCGGCUCAGGGCGCGGGGGGUACCCCAGGGGCCCCGAGGGCGAGAGGCCGGCUCCUGAAGGGGUCUCCUCGCGCUCCCGUUCGCCUCCACCGCGCGGUGGAGGCGAGCGAGCCGGCAAGGACAGGCGAAGCCUGGAGAGACGCGACGAGAGUCGCGGGAGGCGAGGCAGCGAGAGACGCGGGUCGGCCUCGCUGGGCGCUGGAGCCAAGAGGAAGGAGUCAAAGGGUCGAAGCAUCAGCCGGUCCCCAGACGACUACGAGGAUGAAGUGACGGUCAAGCCCCCGAGCGCCGCUUCGAGGCCGGGCACGCAGUCGCUUGCAGCCGGCGCCAAGCCGGGGGGGGAAGGAAGGUUCGCCUCUACGGAGAGGAAAACAGGGGGGGGAGAUGAGAGGCGGGGCGCGAGACAGGGCGCCGCCAGCAGGAGUCAGAGUCCGUCUCCGGCGCCAGGCAGCGACAAGAGACCGAGCCCCGAGCUAGGCAAGAAUGAGACAGAGAGCGACUUGCAAAGACUGCCGAGGGACUUGCCGGGCGAAGCCAGGAGGCAAGAAGAGAAGGCGAGCUCCGAGAACGGAUUCGGCUGCGGCUUGGAUGACAAGAGAUCCGUCAGGGAAGACGCGGCGGGUGCGCGCCGGUCUCGAAGCCCGGUCAAGCGAGCCGGACUGCUGCUCUCUGGAAGACGCGGAGACAGUCAGGGACGUCUCUCGUCUCGUUCGCCUUCUGCGGAUCGAUUCAGAGCUCGGGAAAACUCGAAGAAACGCACGGGCGCGUCCGCAUCGCGUUCCCGCUCGCACUCGCGGCCCAAGGCGCCUGGGGCUGCAGCCGGCCGCGGUGCGGCUCCGCGUCGCCCGUCCGGCUCUUACUCCCUGUCUCCGCCUCGCAGCCGCGGUGCGCCCGUGCGGCGCUCGCCGUCUUUCCCGAAGAAGAAGGAAGAUGGGAACGACGAGUUCUCGCGCGAGAGAGCCGAGCGAGAUCGUCCGCGGCGGCCAUCGCUGGACGCAAGGCGAGUGGGGCCUGGGGAAAGACGAAUGGGCCGUCGCUCGGGCUCGCGGAGCCGGCGGUCGUCUCUGUCUUACAGCGACCGGAGUCUCUCUUCCUCUCCGGGGCGGCCCCGCAGAGGCCCGCCAGGGAGACAGUACCGCCGCCGGCCUUCGGAGGACGCAGACCGUCAGCUGUCUCCAGGGGGACGGGGCUACGUGCGGCCGCGCCCGCGGGGGGGCUUCCCAGGGGGCGCGGACGGCGGGGACCGCGAUCUGUCUCCUCUCUUGCGCCGGAGGCGUCGCAGUGCCUCUCGCAGCGGCGACCGAGACUCGCUGGACGAUGGCCCCCGCAGAGGAGGCCCCCGGGGCGGCAGACGCACGUCGGUGCGGCCCGAAGGCGACGACUUCGGGAGAGACAGGGACAGCGAUUACCGCGGUCGUGAGGGCCUUCCGUUGUACCGGGGCCGAGGGGACCGACGAGGCCCGGGGGAUGCGUUUGGGCGCGGAGAGGGACGCGGUCGCGCAGGCGGCCCGCUGCUUGCAGGCCCCCGCCGCAGAGUCGGCAGCCGUGAAGGCUCACUCGGACGCGACCGCGAGAACGAGAAGGGAGACGGGCCUGCAGGCCGGGGCCCCGCGUACCGUCGCGGCGGAGGAGGCCCGGAGCCCAUGUGGACAGGGGGGGCGAACCGAGCGGACAACAAAGGCGCAGCUGGACUGGGCGGGGCUCCAGGGCCCCGCGGAGAGGACGGGCCGGGAUACGGCCCGCGCGGCAGAGGCAGACAAGGCGGGCGGCGCGUCGUGGGAAGGCGAGGAGACGAGUCUGAGGAAGACGGGGGGCGAAUGGACAGAUAUAAGAGCCAGUCGAGGUCUCUGAGCGACGAGGAUAGCAAUUCUCGUUCCCCUUCUCCUGUCCGUCGUGGUCCAGGCGCGGGCGCGCGGGUGUCGUCGCCUGUGCCUCGUGACGCGGGCUCUAGCCACGGCGAGGGAGGGCGCGGUCGCUCCGCGGAGCCCAACGCGAAAUACUACAAGAGCGCGGAGAGGAAGGGACAGGAGGGGACCAGGGGCGCGGCGGAGGAGUCCGGCGGCGCAGGAGCCUCCAGCAGAGGCGCUGCGGCGGACGGCGCGGUCGCGAAGGACGGCGAGUCGAAUCCGCAGAGAGUUCAGCCGAUGAAUGCACUCUGCGGCGGUCGGCCCGGAGCGGCGUGA